ACUUCUGGCCUCCUGACAAGCUGGCUAUUCUGAUAGUCUGAGGGAUGAGGCUUCUGCAGCAAAAAGUGGGUUACAUUACAGUACUGCCUGCUGCUGGAGAUGGAAGACCAAUAACCUCUGAAAGCAGAACGCAGGAAGAGUGGGGGCAGCAGGGCGCUUUGUGAAGGCUCAUUUAGACACUCUGCAGUGGGGUACUGCGAAGAGCCAUGGGGGUGUUGAUGUCCAAGCGGCAGACAGUGGAGCAGGUGCAGAAGGUGAGCUUGGCUGUGUCUGCCUUCAAGGAUGGGCUACGGGACAGGCCUUCCAUCCGACGCACCGGUGAGCUUCCAGGGUCCCGCCGUGGCACCGUAGAGGGCUCUGUCCAGGAGGUACAGGAGGAGAAAGAAGCAGAGGCAAGCACUCCAGUGCUCCAAGAAGAGAGCAGUGUCAACCGUGCAGCCUGGGAGAGGCUCCGAGAUGGGCGUGGAGUGGAGCCUGAGGAGUUUGACAGGACUAAUCGUUUCACGCCCCCUGCGUUCAUCCGCCCUACCCGGAAGCUGGAUGAUGACAAGCCUCCUGAUAUCUGCUUGGAGCCCAGAGAACAUGUUGUCAAUGAUGAGAUGUGUGAUGUCUGUGAGGUCUGGACAGCUGAGAGCCUCUUCCCAUGCAGGAUCUGCACCAGGGUUUUCCAUGAUGGCUGCCUGCGCCGCAUGGGCUACAUCCAAGGAGAUAGUGCAGCGGAGGUGACCGAGACAGCCCACACAGAAACCGGCUGGAGCUGCCACUACUGUGACAACCUCAACUUGCUGCUAACUGAGGAGGAAAUGUACAGCCUCACAGAGACCUUUCAGCAGUGUAAAGUCAUCCCUGAUUGCUCCCUGACACUGGAGGACUUCCUGCGCUACCGCCACCAAGCAGCAAAGCGGGGGGACAGUGACAGGGCUCUAAGCGAGGAGCAAGAGGAGCAGGCAGCCCGCCAGUUUGCAGCCCUGGACCCUGAACAUCGAGGACACAUAGAGUGGCCUGACUUCUUGUCCCAUGAGUCCCUCCUGCUUCUGCAGCAAUUGCGUCCCCAGAACUCUCUGUUAAGGCUUCUGACAGUCAAGGAGCGGGAGCGAGCCCGGGCCAUCUUCCUGGCACGGGGCAGUGGGAACACUAUCAGUGAGGCAGAAUGCCGCGGAGCCCAGCAUUCUUGGUUCUGCAAACGCCUUGCAGAGGCUCCAUCCUGCAGUGUCAGUAUCAGCCAUGUGGGUCCCAUAGCAGAUAGUAGCCCAGCCAGCAGCAGCAGCAAGAGUCAGGACAAGGCUCUGCUGCCAACAGAACAGGAGUCCAGAUUUGUGGAUUGGCCUACCUUCCUGCAGGAAAAUGUUGUCUACAUCUUGGCCGCUCGCCCCAACAGUGCAGCAAUUCAUCUGAAACCCCCAGGAUAGCAUGGAGCAGAGAAGCUGGGGGACAGUGAUGUUCUCUCCCUCCUUUCCUUUUGCCCUUUCCCCCUUCCCCCCACCAUCCUCUGCCUGAGACUUACGGGGAUGGAGCACUGCCAGCAUCUCAAUUUGCCACUAAGCUUUAUGGAACUGAAAUCACUCUUCCCCUCACAACAGAGGCAGUAAAUGCAUUGCCACCAGGAAAAGCCCUGGGAGCUGUGGCAAUAUCCGCUCCUGGACCUACCCCCCUACCCUCACAUCACAGACUGGACCUGCCACUGCACACAUAUGUGCAUACACACACAUAUACCCAUGCCUAGCUGUCCAUGCCUUCAGAGACCUGGUUCUUCUUCAUUGAAAAAGGAUCAAAAUUCCUUUGUGAAGCUCCUGGUUAUAGAUUGGGGGGCGGGGGGUCUCUGUUUACUCCUUCUAUUGGCCGGUUCUGAUUUCCUAUAGACAAGUCUCUGGCCAAGUGAUUCUUGAUAAUAGGGCACAUCAGACUCACAUGUUAUCCUAGAGAUGCUGACAGGUUCCCUCUUCCCCAAAUGAAAAUCCCUUCUGUGGUGAGCCACUGUUCUGGUAGGUGUGUGCUAUGUCCCUCAGGUAUGUUGGGGUGACAAAAUUAUUGAAAACCACCACUGGCACUUCAGCCCAUUAUUUAUUUAAAUUCUAAUUUCUAGAGACAGAGAAGGUAACUAGUCUAUGGAGUCCUAAUUAGAAGAGGGAAAGGCAGCCCUUCCCAGGAACCCAGAAUUCUAGGAACCUCUCACCACAUCUUUCAAGUCCAAAAGUCUUUAGAACAGUUAAAAACCAAGAUGAGCCACCCUUGCCCCUGCUUUGCAGAUGGGAACACAUGGCCUAGAGCCCAGGGGCCCUGAAUAGAACAAGUAUGAUGGCAAGAACCACAGGCCUCUGUAUUAGAUGCCUCAUCCAAGUUGGCUACCACAGAGACCCGAAGCUUGAUCUCCAGUGAGGACAAGGUCUGGAUGGAAAAAGAAAAGAGAAGCCUUGUGCUUUUCCAUCUUUCCACCUCAACUCACCUGUAGACCUGGAAAAAAAAAGUGUGCCAUUGCAUAAAGAACAAGAGCCAGCCUCUCCCACAGCCCAAGAAAGAACAGUUCCACAGAAGCCCUCAGUGAGGACUCCUUUCAACCACCCUGACAAUGAGGGUAAGAAGCUGGAGCUAAGAAGAAGAUUUGCAUCUCAGCUCUUGAUCAGAGAAAGUCUAAGCAAGGCCUCACAGAAGAAGAUUCAUUCUUCUCCCCAUCACUGAGAUAAGGCCUGAGUUGCUGCUUCUCCCUACAUGUCUGAGCCCCAGCUGUCCUUACUAAGUUCUCAUUAAGUUCUCAAGUCACUGCAUGUUGUGGGUCAGCCCUGGCCCCGGAGUCCAGGUUCUGUUUCCAGCCUGACAACUUAGGUUUAGCCAAAUUUGAAUACUAGAGAGGGGGUUGGCUUGAUCAUGUAGAAGCUAACGUAUCUCCAUUGCUCAAGGCACUUGUACUAAAUUGGGUGCUUACAGAAGAAGUAGCAUACAGCUCAGUGUGGAGAUGCUCAGAGGAAAGUGGGGAGCUGCAACCAGGGUCAUGGUAAGAGUACUAUAUGCUCUCCUUCUGUAGAAACUGCCUGACCCAGAAUCAGGGUGAGAAACUUCAAGGGUUGGAUUAUUCAGUACUGAAAUGAAGGAGACAGAAGAUCAAUUUGGAUUCAUGUGUAUGGCUCUGAACAUUUUAAAACCCACAACUUUUUGUAAAUACUUCUUAGGCAUACUCCCAAGAUUGAUCAGUUAGGAGGGCCAUUAUUUAGUUUAGCCAGAAAAAAUAAAAAGCAAAAGCACAGGACUCUUGGGUCCAAGGACUGCCUCUGAAGCAGCCAGACCUGGGGUUUUACACUGAGAAGAUUAAAACACAUUCAGCACAGGGACUCUUGCUUAUUCUCCUGGUAAAUCACCUUGUAUGCCAAUGGCCUUGGGCUGCUGGAUUACAGACAGGGAAUUUUGAGUAGAGACAAGCUCUGGGCUUUGAGAGUUGAACUGCUUUUUUCUCCUGCCUCAGCAUCAGUCAUAGAGACUGUAAAUAUAUCUUCUUGUUCCCUGAUCCUUCACAGACAAGGUGAUGCCUACCUCUGUGGAACUGAAGCUUCUAGCUUUCUGUGGGUGAGUGGUGAAAGACCAUGGUCAGAUCAGGCCAGGUACAUCCCAGGGCCUAGCAAAGCAGGCCCUAAAUUUCUUCCACAGUAGGAUCAGGCCCAUUUGGGACUAUCUCUCUCCCUGUUCCAAGACAGCAAGUUUUCUUGGUAGGUGCAUGCUAUAGAGGGCCCAGAGGACCCCAGCAUAGAGUUCCCAGUCCACAAGAGUCCUAAGAAGCAAAACAUGGAGGAAUAACUAGCCUCCUCUCCAUUAGGCAUGUGGCUUUUUACUAAUGAAGAGGUUCCUUUGUUCCCCCAGACCAGAGUUGCAGAAGGCCCAUCCCAACCCCCCUGUCUGGGAUGACCCUUUCCAGUGUCCCAAUCCAUGGAGCUCCUAUGCAAUAUAUAUGAAGGUGUUCAAACUUUCAUAAACCUAGUGAAACCGAUUCCCUUUCCUUUUCCUCAAGCCUUUCCAUCACUGUGACUAUCUGAAAUUCUGCCAAGUACAAAAAUUAGUGUCUGACUCUAAGGGUUUGAGAAAAUGUUCCUUCCAGUCAUUUCUUCCUGGCUACCCCAAAUUGAGCUCAGUGCUUUUUACAAGCACCACCUGCUCCACCCACUACCAAUGGAGGUUAAGAUUAUGUUUAUGCUCCUCUGAAGACUACUUGCCCUAGGCCUAUUUUUCACCAAACACUCAUUUUCCUUAUGCUCAGAUUUAAAGAAAGGGGCAUAUGAAUGACACAGUGGAGCUGCAGGGACAGAGGGUAAGCUGAGGCAGUAGCUAUGGCCACAUAAUCUCUCCAGGUCUGCUCUGUGGCUUCCUCUCCUGAGACAAGCCUUCUGCAACAAUGGUAGGCUCUGUGCUUUGAGUAAAGGCCCCUUUGGAUCCCAGAGAUGGAGCAGUUCCUUUGCUCCCAGGUACUGGCCCACUCCCAAGUGCUUUUCUUCCUUUGAGAACAGCCAGAGCCACGAGCACAUUGCCUCCUCCCACCUUCAGUCCAAGUGACUGGGCCUAUAGCGCAGACACUGGCCUUUUUGGCCCUGGUGCUCCCUAUGGGAUGUCACCCUGGCCUUGUUUGAGUGGCCAGAUCUGGGAGUUUCAGCAUUCCUAUUACUAACAUGGGAGGCACAGGAUCAAACUCCCUGGGAAGAGGGCACCUCACUGGGGAGUGAGUCCAGAAUUGUGCCUAGGCCUCUUAGUCUGAAGCACAACCUCAAUCAUUGCAGGUUUCAUGGCUUCAAUAAGAGUGGUGCAAGGAAGCCCUAACGCCAAGAGGCAUAAGCUGUCUGGCAGGGGCCCAGGCUAGCCAUGACCACCGCAGAGCCAAGAAUAACCUCCAGGCGGGACUGGUAGCAGACUCUAGUGAUCCUACAAGCAUGACCCCUUCAAACUAGCAGAGUAAAGGCAGGAAUAUACUUGGCACUAAAAGGCAGACCAACUGGAUGUCAGGACAACAUCCUGUAGCACCUGUAACCAUAACCCGUUUUACUCCUCAAUUUACAGUAGAAUAAAAUUGCUACUUUCUCCAUGCCACUUAGUUUGAAUAUGCCCAGGAUCUCUCUCUGGGCUCCUGGCUACAGCUCAGAGAAUAGAGAUAUCCUGGCUGGAUAAUGGAAAAUAUUAAUGUAUCAUGCCUGUUCCCUAUAGCUCAGUCCUGGAAUGGGGAAGGACUGGGCAUUUCCCCUGCUGUUGCUUUCCUGCUGGCACUGCUUUUGGCAACCUUGAAAGGAAAGAAAAUAAACAGGUGACAGAAUUCCACUAGACCCAACUAACACUAAGGAAAACCUUCCCUCUGAGCCGCAUGUCCUGAUGACCAAGAUUGUGGACAGGGUGUCACAUCUGUCUGGGCCAGUGACUAAGAAGCCCAAUCACAUUCUAGUUUGGAUAGCAUGUGUUGGCAUGACCAUAGAUGAGAACAUCAAGGUAUAAGCAGCAAGGCCUUCCCAUAUCCAUGUGAAACAAAGGCCUUCAAGCUUAGCCUUCUUUAAGAGAUGGCCUAUGCUCUAUCUGCCGGCCAAACACAGGAUUGUGAGGGGGGGCUCAGAACAGUCAAGCAACUGUGGGGUCCAAUGCCCUCUAGCCCCUUGUUCCCUUCCUAUGUUCUUUUCUGAGGAAGGUAACUUGACAGUAAGCUGAGGGGAACAUCCCCAAGCCCUGUCUUUCCCAUCACUACAGCUGCAUGCUCCUCCCUAUGGCUCAGCCUUCACUCCUGAAGGAGCUGAUGCUCCCAGAGGCUGGGCACAGUGAAAAUCAUAAUAAAGAGAUUGUGAUGCUA